GGGGCCGGGCGAGGCGCUUUUGUUCGGGCGGCGGCGGCGGCGAAGGGGCGGACAUGGCGUUCGUGCCGGGACAGCCGCUCACCGCCGUGGUGCAAAGAAUUGAAAUACAUAAGCUUCGUCAAGGUGACAAUUUGAUUCUGGGAUUCAGCAUUGGGGGUGGCAUUGAUCAGGACCCUUCUCAGAAUCCUUUCUCUGAAGACAAGACUGACAAGGGUAUCUAUGUAACAAGGGUGACAGCAGGAGGCCCAGCAGAAGUUGCAGGACUCCAGAUUGGAGAUAAGAUCAUGCAGGUGAAUGGCUGGGAUAUGACCAUGGUGACCCAUGACCAGGCCAGGAAGAGGCUGACCAAAAGGAAUGAGGAGGUGGUGCGGCUGCUGGUGACCAGGCAGUCCCUGCAGAAGGCUGUGCAGCAAUCCAUGAUGUCCUAAUCCAUCAUCCAGCUGGGGAAGGGGUGGGGAGGGAGAUGUAUAGAUUGGUAUCAAAGAAAGAAUCAACUAUUAGACUGGAACAGGUUGGCUGGAAGGAGUGCAUAUUCCUACCCUGGUAAACACUAAUUUUUAAAUUUUAUUUUCUUCUGGUGUAACUGGCAGUAGUGAAACAAUACUCCCCUCAGCAGAGUGCUUCUCUAGAGUCUGCCCUGCAGGUACAUGGCAAGACUUCUGUGGACAUGGCUUUCAGGACAGGACAGACCCAAUUUAUCUAAGAGCAACUGGAAAAGCCUUAACUUGGAUGGUAUUCUUCUGUAGCACAAAAGCCUCCUAUUUCAGGAGGAAAUGUGGUUUCUGCUAUGGGAGACCAGAGGGUUUGCUGUGCCUAAGCUUUUAGAAAGGAGCUGUCCUGUCCCCCUACUACCAAAUUCAAAUGCCAGAGUUAAGAGCUGCACACUGCUGUGGGGAGGAGCACUAAUCCUUCACUCUGUGCAAGAUAGAGUGGCUGAAGGGUUUGGGCAUUACAGUUUCCUGCAAAGAUUCCCUGGACAAAGCAGCCUCUUCAGGCAAGGAACAACUGAGGAACACACAAGUGUUAGAUCAAUGCCUGUGAAAUACACUACAACUUCAUGGACACUACAGUUCAAACCUGAAUUCUCCUUGUUCCCAAUUUGUACCAUCAGUUGAAUUGAGUUUAAUUGAAAGGAAUAUGGAGCAGGAAACAAAACAAUGUUCCUGAACUUACCAGAACUGCUGCUUGUAGCUGUAGAGUUUUCAGUCCUUCAUUCCAUUUCUAUCAGACUUGAAAUGGGAGGGAUUUUGGUUUGUCUUUUAGAAGACUGUGCUUAAAUCAGUGACUUAUUGGAUGGAAGAGAUUAAUAUGCCAGUAAUUUUGCAGAAGUGCCUCUUGACCAAAUUUAAACUUCUAGCAGGAUACUAAGUGGUUUAAAUCAACUUGCCACAGGACUGAAGAUUCUUGCUGCAACCCUAAGUCCAUGAUCUAGCAUCCUGUGGUUUGUUAGCCAGUUAGCUUUACAAUUAUCCAAAACCUGGAGUUUUUAAUCCUCCUCAGUUGAUCUAUACAUAUCUGUAGUUUCCUUAAGCAGCCUCGGGGUAAGCUGUUGUAAAUAGAGCACGAGGAGGUGGCAGACUAAUUUAUUCAGUACCUUACUGCUGUGCCAUGUACCUUGUGAUUGAUGCAUCUCAGACUGUUCUGUGCACACCAGCAGAUGCCUCCUUACCAAUUUUAUAUCUCUGGAAUUACUACAGUCCUGCUUUAGAAUUUUGUUACUUAAGAAUUGAGUAGUAAAUUAUAAUUCUUUCAAGUUGGAGUUAUUUUUGUUACUAUAAAGAUACACUGCUAUUUGUACUGCUUUUUUCACUUGAUUUUACAAUAAAAGAAAGUUGGUUUUCCUGA